AUGUAUGAGCGUAAUAAUAUUAUUAAACUUGUAUCUUUGGUUCACAAUCAGUUAUCAGCAUCAGUCUUUCGUCCAAUGAUACGUUAUUCAUGGUAUGUAGCUGAUUUAUUGAAAGAUGAUCCAUCAGAAUUUCGAAAUGUCCUUGAAAUCUGUUUUCCAUCGGCAACAACAGACGAAGAAUGUGAUGUACAUAACUGUGAAGAAACUGUUUUAACUACCUGCACAAUUUGUUUAAAAAAAUUAUGUUUUACUGACGUCUUCGUUAACUAUCACUAUCAUAAAUAA